UCUACGAGUCACAUUGCAGGAGGGAUCAUACCAAACCUCCGAAUUCUGUGGCCGGUGCAGCCGUUACAGUAUACCGUGUAUAUACGUUUGUGGCGCGUAUUCCGGCAGGCCGGAAUAUUGUAGCCUUUUAGCUCAGUUGAGGUGUGAUGCGAGUGUAAGCUUACACCCUUACAAAGUCUCACAACGGAGUUAGAGAUUGGAUAUAUCCGUCCCCCUGACCCAUUUACACAUAUUAACAGGAGCGAAUAAAGCUUGGUAAGCUUCGAUGGGGCUUGGAAUCCAAUCCCUCCGAUGACCUGGCCCGCUCCCACACAGCACCUGAACUGAUCCAACCGAAACAAGGCAUAACAAUAGACGCUAGGGUAUACAACCUUGUCUUUAAGAAAUAGGAUUCCCUUAGCCACACUUCUCAUGCACGUUAAAUUGAUCUAGCACGGUAUACUUCGAUCCCUCCAACCCCCCUGUCCACGUCAGAAUUGUGUUUGAUAUCACGAUAUUCACUCCAAGUCGAUAAAAACCACUCAGAACAGCGGUGUAAAAGAGGGGUGCCUGAAUUUAUCCAACUUCUACAAUGGGCCUGGCGUACGGGUUUGAUGUCAGAUUUAAGAUUGCGCGGUUCUUGAUAAAGAGAGAGCUAUUAGCAUACUUUUGUUUAAAUAUCAUGGCCAUAUCCGACUGUUGCAGUCCUCCCCCCACUCAUCCACGGUCAUUUUGAUAAGCUUGCUGUGCUUAGAAUGCAUUACCUUCGAGGAGGUAUAGCCAUAUGGCUUUGGGCGACAACCUCUGUUGCGCUCCCAAGUCUUUCUGGAUUGAACUUGACUGCGAUUGGUCUUGAUUCUCAAGGCGAAACCCUACUAGGACGCCGCGGAAUUGAUGGCGGUGUUCAACUUCGAAUUUUGCCAUUGGGCGCGUCCAUUACUUAUGGCUACGAAUCUACGGAUGGAAAUGGCUACCGUUUUGGCCUCCGAAAUCAAUUGGUUUACAAUGGAAACGCUGUCAAUAUGAUUGGAAGCGUCCAAUCCGGAACAAUGGUUGAUAAUGAUGUGGAAGGCUGGCCGGGCUACGUAAUCGACCAGGUUGCAGGAAAGGCAGAGCUGUCAAUCCCAUCACAGCCCAAUCUGGUUCUAAUCAAUGCUGGGACAAACGAUUGUAUUCAAAACAUAGACAUCGCCAACGCACAUGUCCGCUUAGGCAAGAUGGUUGACCGUCUUCUUAGCGCCAUUCCUGGCGUCACAGUUAUAUGCUCUACACUUCUACCUAAUGGAAAUGCAGCUGCAGAAGCAAACGUCAAGUUAUUCAAUGCUCAGCUCCCUGCGAUGGUGGCGAAUUAUCAAGCAGCUAACGAAAAGGUCCUCCUUGUUGAUUUCCACACCUCGUUCUUUAGCUUGUCAGACAUCAGAACAGACGGGACACAUCCUACAGAUGCGGGAUACCAAAAAAUGGCUGCUGUUUGGUAUCAGGGUAUCCAAGCUGCAGCCGCUGCAAACUGGCUCACAGCUCCUGCUGCUGUUGCAGGACUAUCUGAUAUUGUGGUUGGUGGAAAUACAUGUCAGAAAAGACCCGGAAAUGCCAUUGGGCCUGUCAAAACACAACAGGGUUCGGGCUUCGAUGAUGGCCGCUACGUUCAUACCGGUGUUAAUGUUGGCACAAUGACUGGCUUUGCUGGAAAUACUGAUGCUGCAGGCGUGUACUGGGCAGAUAUUAAUGGCGACGGCAUCGAUGAUUAUGUUUACGUCGAUACAAAUGCAAACCUAGGCUUCGGUGUAUCUCUGAGCUCUGGAGGUGGUGUCUUUGGAGCAUAUGCUCAUUUCCCCCUCGACAUCUACUGUCUACGCCGCGGAGUUAGGUUUGCGGAUAUGACAGGAGAUGGCCGGGACGACUUUUGUUGCUUAGCCCCAAAUGGAGACCUCGCUUGCUGGGAAAAUACCCCAGGCUCAGAUCCGAGAAACCCUACUUGGGUUUCCAUGGGCAUAAUAUUCCCGAAUCGUGGCUAUCUCCAAGCUCAGGUGCGACUCGCUGAUAUUGAUGGUGAUGGCCGUGCAGAUUAUGUUGCCUUUAGCUAUGAUGGUACUAGUAUCCUCGGUUGGCGUAAUGGUGCGCCGGGGCACGUUAAGCCUCAGUAUUGGAAUCCCAUGUCAGGCGUUUUUAGUGGUCUACCAAAUCUCACACCUCUUUCUGGCUGGCGAUUCGUUGAUUUGAACGGAGAUCACAGGGACGACCUCGUUCAUGUUUCUACAAACGGCCAGGUCACGACAUGGAUCAAUCAGCGAGGCUAUGAUGUUGGAUUGACUCCAGUAUGGGUUCCAAUGGGGCAAACGCAUGCCGGCGCCGCAUCUCCUCAGAAUAUAUCAUUUGGCACUUUUUGGGGCUCAGGGAGAGGUGACUACUCUGAGAUCUCUGAGAGCGGAGGGGCUAUUAGCAUAAACCGCUUCUCAAAUGAGGAUGUUGGAGGGACGAUGGUCAAGGGUGACGGUGUAAGAUACUGUGAUAUGAGAGGCACUGGGGCCGAUGAUUAUAUCUGGAUCUCAUCAACAGGGGAGAUGUGGCUGUAUGGCAACAAACAUGCACCUCCCAACUGGAUCCAAUACGGAAUCAUUGGCAAUGUUAACCGACCGCGAAAAGAGGUUCAUUUUGCAGACUUCGACGGCGAUGGAAGAUGCGACAUUCUGCUCGUCGAUAAAGCUACCGGAUCUACAACAAUGCUCCGCAACGACUGGGACGGCACUAAAUUUACUUUCACAAACAUAGGCGUUGUGUCUGGGGGGGCUACUCCUUGUACUCAAGGAUAUGGAUACACUAACAAUGACCUUGGCGUUCGGUUUGCUGACAUUGAUGGAGAUGGAAAAGCUGACUAUCUCUGUCUGGAGCUUAAUGGUCGAAUGACAGGAGCUUUGAAUCGAGGACUCAACAACUUAGUUAACCAAGGCCAAAUCAAACUAUCGGAAGCAAAAGAGCGAGAACAUAUUUGGCUUGCCGACAUCAAUGGAGAUGGUCGGGCUGACUAUCUCUUUGUCGACUCGUUGUCCGGAGCGGUCACGGCUUGGACAAAUGAGGGUAAUACUGCGCAAAGCGGCAGUUCAUUCUCCUGGAUUAAUAGAGGUAUUGUAGCGGUAGGCUAUAGUGCCCGAGGUUCCUGCAUCAACUUCGGGAAUCUCUACGGCGUUGGCCGAGCAGACUACAUUAUUGUGAAUCCCCAGGCUAACACGGCCAAUACGUAUUUCAAUGUCUGUCCCGACGGCGGGCUUACACCUGAGACACCGGAACUGCCUGUUGUCACAGUUCCAGGUCCUGCCCCUCCCAAUGGAGGAGGUGGUGGAUCUGGUUCUGGAAUCUUCGAUCAGAAAACUUCGGACCCUAACUGCGCUUAUAUUUAUGAUUGUAUCAACUGUGCUAUUCCGGAUGACCCUAAACAGGGCAACGAUGUGCGAUGGAAGGCUGCCAACGUUGAUUCGUUCUGGCCGACCGCUAACGACUGGUACACGAACGCAAUGGACGAUCCUGAUAGUCUUGGAGUCCUCGUGGGCAGAUAUGCUGAAGCGAUGAUAGAUCACUGGGGAGGCUCUCAUGCACCCUUGGGUUGGGAUUGUGCCACGAUUGGCGAAUCACCUUGUUCAAACACGCAAACAUGUCAACAAUGUACUGAAAGGGAUGGAGUCGGCGCUAUGUGCCUCAUUAUGAGUUCGUGGGGAGAGCUCCAUAACUUCUAUACUAAUAUGUAUAGCACAGUAGUUGUGGGGCAAGCAGACAUACUUUCAAAAGCAUCUGAUAUUGUUACGACAUUUUCCCCAUCAGUUGAUGUUUCUGGCUCACCCUUUGACACUAUAUUGACGGUGGCAGGCUACUUAGAUGACUUGCUUGGUUUUGCAGGAGCCAACUUCUGGUCUAAGGUGAUUAAAGAUCCCAAUACAUUUACGAAAUUCUCAGACGGUGUUGAGAAAGCUGGAACAUAUAACGCCAAUGUUGAAUCACUUGUGACCUUUGCAGCCUCAUAUUCCUCAGAUCAAAUCCCAGCGCUUGAACAAAGUAUUAUAAAACUUAAUGCCCUUGACAAAGCCAUAGGAGCACUUUCUGAUACUAUUCGUGGUCUUAUAAGUGGCUAUCUAACACAUAUCUUUGACGGCUCUCCAUCUGGUAUGGCUGAUCUCGUUCAAGCUACUAAGGAUGGGUUCUUCCUCACAAACCCUUUUGAGGAAUCUGGUGGCGAGACAUUCAACUUUCCGGAUCAAAUAAACGAUGCAUUUUAUGCCAAACUGAUCCCAAUAGCAUGGAAGCUAGAUCCGGAUGUCUGGCCUGUGCUCGUCUACCUCGACGAACUCGAUGUUCCAGAAGAUGGAUUUCGGCUAAGCAUAGAUUUUCCGCAUCCUCUUGGUGGUGGACGCGGAACCACAUCUAUUCUUGAAAGUUCGCGGAUUCUAUCAGAUGAUGACGCAAAUAUUUCAAGAGUACCGUAUGGCGAUACUACGUUGUGGUUACUUGAUCUGCAUACUUGCGAGAAGCAGGGGGUAACAAUAGUGCCAAACUCAUGUGAGGGUCAAGUAUUCCGAGCGCUGCCUGGAAUCUCAUCUGUCAACGGAGAUGGCACGUACGGAUCCGUAACUAAAGAAAACAUGGUCUCCUCGUCAUAUGAUGGUUGGUUGCGGAAUUUCCAGCAAAAUGGCUACAAGAUGCCGACUACUGGAGACCCUGGAUCUGUGCCAUUCUCUAAUGGUUUCGCAACGGCUGGAUUCUUUAGUAUCCCUAUCUGCAGUCCGACUGAAGCCUUCACCAGCUGGGCUUAUUAUUUCGGGAAAAAUAUCACAGCGGAAGCUUGUGAAUUUUACCCUUGUUGUGGCAAUCCAUAUGAGUCUUAAUCUGCUGAGCAAGAUUCUAUAGCAAGAGCUGGACAAUGCUGCAGUCGCCCUUCUCAAGGGUUCUUUUGUAGCUUCUUGGAGAAUAGCCAUCGUCCUCGUAGUCGACGAUCAGAUUUAAUGAAGCGUUUACUCGGCACUCAAACAGACUGCCGCUCAUAGUAGCCAGUGGGCUACCAUUAUGAC